AGCUGUCAUCAUGGGACUCGGUUAGGCCCGAUGUAAAACCAGGAUGUGGAGACCUUGGGUCCGACCUUACGUAGCCCCUCCCCGUCAGGCAAUGUUCUCCACCCGGCACCUCAUCGUCCAAUUCCACACCUCGGGGAAACCCGAUACCACCUAGCAUCCGUCAUUCGGAGAGGAAUGAUUGCUUGAUAAGCCGGUUUAACCAUGGAGGAUGAAAGUUGCCCGCACAUCACUCUCUAUUAGCAGUUACUGAAUAACGUCUGCCAUACGGCGUAGUACCUCUGCAACUCCGCAUGCCAGAAAAGAUGGCGUCCACCACCACCACGACCCAGACACAAUCCACCCCGCAGCAGCAGCAUCACCAUCAGGCCCUGCGAUUGCGCGCCGACUUUGCCAGCGAGCUAAAUAAGCAGGCCAAGCGGACCCGGCGCAUCGUCUACCCAGAAUCCAAGGAGGACCAGCGCAGAUGGCAGCUGGAGCAGAUGGCAGGGGCAUUCCGCUUAUUUGCCAAGCUGGGGUUCGCGGACGGGGCGAGCGGGCACAUUAGCUUGCGGGAUCCCGUCGACCCGGAGACCUUCUGGAUCAACCCGUACGGGACCCACUUCGGGAUGCUCAAGGUCUCGGACAUGGUCCACAUCGACAAAGAGGGGAACCGCAUUGGGGGCGCCGACGGUCCCGUCAACGUUGCCGGCUUCAUGAUCCACUCGGCCAUCCACCAGCGGAGGCCGGAUAUCAACGCGGCCUGUCACAUGCACAGUCCCAACGGCCGCGCCUGGUCCACGUUCGGGAGGCCCAUCGAGAUGCUCAACCAGGAUUCCUGCAUGUUCUACGACGACUUAUCCGUCUACACCAACUUCGGCGGCGUGGUGUUCGCGCGCGAGGAGGGGUUCCGCAUCGCCGACGCGCUGGGUCCGCGGAACAGGAACCUGAUCAUGCAGAACCACGGCCUGCUGACGGGGGGCGGCACCGUCGCCGAGGCGGCGGCCUUCUUCGUCGCGCUGGAGCGGGCGUGCGAGACGCAGCUGCUUGUCGAGGCGGCGGUGGCCAGUGGAGCUGCCGCCGGUCUGCAGAAGACGCUGGUCGGCGACGAGGAGGCUGCGUACACGAAGGAGGGGACGGGGUCGCCGGAUAUUAUGUAUUUGCAGUUCGUGCCUGAGUAUGAGUUGUUGCUGAAGGAGACGAAGGGGGAUUUCCUGGAAUGAGAAGUCGAGAUGGUAAUACGAUGAUAACAAAAGUA